CCGGUGUGCCGCCAACGCCACACGCCAUCCUCCAGCUCCAGAGGUCGGUUUCCAGUUCCAGGCGCCAUGGGGUCAACAAUGCCGCUGUUUGUGCUGCUGCUUGUCGCAUACGCCGGCGCCGCUCAGCUACCACCAUCGAUGAAAACAUGCAAGCAGACUGACCCAGACUUCAGCGGCUGCUUGAAGAAUGCUCUCAUGGAUUCCAGACCAAUUCUGAGACAAGGAAUUCCGAGUCUGGGGCUGCCAUCUAUCGACCCGAUGCACUUCACGCAGAUCAGCAUUAAGGACACACCGGAUCGUCCAGUGUUUCUUAACCUGGAAUUCAAUGAGGCCGAUAUGUUCGGCAUGGGUGAGGGAAUUGUUGACACCCUUGAUAUGAAGCCUGGCAGCUACAACAUGAAGGCACACAUACACUCUGGCGUACCAUUCCGGCUGGUCGGGCCAUACAAGGCCGAUGGCAAGGUGUUGGUGCUCCCUGUCAAGGGAGAGGGAAUAAGCAACAUAACUGUACCUAGACUGGAGGCCGACCUGGAGAUGACUGGACAGCCGGUUGAACGGGAUGGAGAGGUGUACUGGGAUGUGACGGACUUCAAAGUCAAUCCCCAUUUGGAAAAGUUGGUGGUUGACUUAACGGGAUUAUACAACAACGACAAGGCACUAGCUGAUAACACUCUCAAGUUCCUCAACGAGAAUUCUGGGGAGAUCGCGAAGGAGCUGGAACCUGCCAUAGGGGAAGCACUGGGCGCUUCUUUCAAGGAGAUGGCCAGGAGAUUGUUUGCCAAAGUCCCGUACAACUCAGUGUUCCCACCUUCAUGAAGAUCCGACGAGUUGUACGUCCUGCUCGAAGUAAAGGACUAUGUUAGUCUUGCUACGUAGAUGCAACGAUCAUACAUACCUACCCAGCUGCUUGUGUACUGUAUUUUGAACUAUGUAGAAAAAUUAUUUUUAUAACCAUUAUUUUGAUUGUAUUAAAAGUGUUUCUUUCACUUUCAGAUACCAUGUUCCCUGUUUCGAAAACCGUUUGCAAAAAUUUACUUCAGACUUUAUUCUUACAAACGUAACGCCAUUAAAAUUUCAUUCUCUGUAACUCCAUACUGAAACAACCCCUUGGUGAUGAAAAUCUAUCGUCUUCUACUGCAUAUAGUAUCACCUGUAAUGAAUGUGAGCAUUCCAUUUCUUUACAUCUGUCGUAGACAUGUGUGAACGCAGUACUAUCACAAUGCAAUGUAAGGUUCAUCAAUGUGUGCUUCAAGUGUAUACCACAAUUUAUGGUUACAGUUAUAAAAUAAACUGUUUUU